CAAGGAGAUAUGUUUAUUCCUUUCCUUUUCCCAGAUCUCUUUCCUUCACUAUAAUCUAGUUUCUAUAAUCAUUUUUCCGGUUUUGCAUCAAAACUAGGAAAGAAAGAUAGCGACAUCCAUACUUUUGAUUAACUGCAACUGGUAGCGAGAAGAAUAUGGGGCGAGCACCUUGCUGUGACAAAGACAAUGUAAAGAAAGGUCCAUGGGCUCCUGAAGAAGAUGCUAAGCUUAAAGCAUAUAUUGAAGAACAUGGCACUGGUGGUAACUGGAUUGCUUUGCCUCAGAAAAUCGGGCUCAAAAGAUGUGGGAAGAGUUGUCGCCUCCGGUGGUUAAAUUACCUCCGGCCAAAUAUCAAGCAUGGAGGUUUCUCAGAAGAAGAGGAUCGCAUAAUUUGUAGCCUCUAUGUUAGCAUAGGGAGCAGGUGGUCUAUAAUUGCAGCACAAUUGCCCGGACGAACUGAUAAUGAUAUAAAGAACUACUGGAAUACAAAGCUGAAGAAGCAACUCUUGGGUAAGCAGCGAAAGGAACAAAUAUAUCGUAGAAAGGGAGAGUUACUAAUGAAGAAAGGAAGGGCGCCAUCACAUAUUCCAUCAUCCAUAGUUGUUAGAAGCAACGACACCAACAAUUCCCAAGAUCCUUAUUGGCCAGAGUUGCCGGUGAUGCCGCCUGUGCCCUACUCUAAUCAACAACCGUGCUUUGUCGAUGAUCAUGCUUCCAUACGGAAACUACUUGUCAAGCUUGGAGGAAGAUUUUCUUCUGAUGAUAAUGGAAGUCAAUCCACCAACAUGGUCUCUGACUUUCCCAUCGACACUUCAACUGAUCUUCAGACAUCAUCACAAGACAAUCAGAACUUAAUUGCAAGUGGUUCUCCUGUUUCGUCUUCUUCAAUGUUGCUAAACAGCCAAUACAAUAUCUUGCCUAUACUGCAGGGGCAAAAUGUUACUUUCCCAUCCGUGUUUGAGGAGAUGUGUUAUAGUACCAACCCACAAAAAGUGAAUGGGUUGGAGUUUCUAUACGGUGAAUUGUGUGAUUUAAAUGCAAGCGGAAGCAGCAGCGUUGUUACAUGUGGACAUAGCAUGGAUUGGGGCGAGAUGAGUUCCUUAAUUAGUGGUACGGCUACUAGUAAUGCUUUGAACUCAUGCGAUUAUCAAAGAUCACUUAUUCCGCAAGGGGUGUUACUUCAAGAUUGCUCUUAUGAUGAAGAAUUUAACAACCGAGUUCAAUAACAGACAUGCAGAAUCUGUGAUAAAAACCCUAGCUUUAUGAUUCUUUGAUGGCAAAUGCUUAAGUUUAAAUUGG